AUGUCGUUCUUUCAACUCGUUCAAUUCUUCGGUCUUUUGACCUUGGCUGCUGGCAAGCCGGUUCACCUUCCGAGGCAGGCUUCGGGAGCCCCGCAGGACGGCGCUCAAAACCUCAUCGAUGUCCAGCUGGAGGCGCUCGGAAACUCGACCGUCAAGGCUCUGAUCAAGAAUGUUGCUGAUGAGAGUCUUCGCGUCGUCAAAAGAGGCGGUCUCCUGGACAAGGACCUUCCCACGAAGAAGGUCGUUGUAUCUGGAUCUGAAAACCCGACCUUCAGUGGCGCACGGGUCGACUAUAUCAACAGCCAUCUCACACCCGAAGCGUUCAUGGAUCUCGCCCCUAACCAAACAGUCGAGUCCAUCUUCGAUAUCGCCGACUCCCAUGACCUUGCCGCAGGAAAGAAGUACUCCGCCAUCGCGGACGGCAUGCUCGAAUACACCAAGGCCGACGACCACAAGAAGUUCUUCGUCGUUCCCUACAAGUCCAACUCCAUCGACUUCGAGGCUCCUGAGAACGUCGAGAGCCGUCUCACAGCCCGUGCCACCAUGUCUGGCUGCGACGGUCAAUAUGACCAGCUGAUGAAGGAUAAUCUCAAGCGUGUCUCCGAGAUGGCCACUGCUGCGGCCAAGGAUGCCCGAGACGGCAGCAGCGGAUUGCUCAAGAAGUUCUUCAAGUCCGAUAGCGAGGCGGACAAGAAGGAGGUUUCCGGGCGCUUGGAGGCGAUCGCUAAGGAGGCUACAUCUACGGGUACUUUGACCUACUAUUGUCAGGCUGAGGCGCAGGAUUCCUGCGGCGGAAAUAUUGCAGCAAUUACCUAUCCGACUAUGAACCGUGUUGUCAACUGCCAGGCGUACUACCAGACGCAGCAGGUGGUUAAUGAGUGUGGAUACCUGGAUCAGGCGGCUAUCUCUCUUCACGAGUUCGCGCAUGCUACUAGCGUCUAUUCACCUGGUACAGAGGAUGUUGUGUAUGGACUUCAAGGUGUCUUGGGUCUGGAUAAUGCCCAGGCUAAGAACAACGCCGAUUCGUACGCUUAUUAUGCUAAUGGCACUGGUCAAGGAAAUGAACAGGGAGGUAAUCAGGGAGCUGGACCCACUGGAACGCAAAUUGGAGGUGGCUCCAGCUCUCCUUUUGGUCAAGGCACUGGUCAAGGAAAUGAAAUGGGAGGUGGCUCCAUCUCCCCCUUUGGACAAGGCACUGGUCAAGGAAAUGAAAUGGGAGGUGGCCCCAAUUCCCCCUUUGGACAAGGCACUCAAGGAAACGGGCAGGAUUUUGGCCAGGGAACUCAAGGUGAUAUGGGUCCCUGGGAGGUUAUUCCUGCAGAAGAGAUUACACCAUCUGGAUCCGGAUGGCCCUCUGGCUUCGGUAACCAAGGUUGGGGCAACAACCAAGGUUCACAGCCUUAUGGCGGUCCAUCUAGCACCGACUUCCAGGAAGUCUCAUCUGCACCCUCUGGUAACUCCCCAUAUGGCGAAGGUUCCUUCGGAAACCCUAGCGGAGGCUCCUUUGGAGACGGUGGCUCUGCUCCGUGGAGCUCGCAAGGCUUUGGAGAGGGAAGUGGCUGGUUUAAGAGGGAUCAGUGA